CAGUCGUUUUCGAGUUACCGUUACGCAAGCAACUCUUCCAGUCAUCAGUGGAAAUAAACGACUACAUAUUAUCAAUAUCUUCAUCUAUCUGCAUAAUCAAAGGCAAAAAAAAGACGAAGUAGUACGUUACUUGAUUUUUAUUAGCAGCUAUUUAUUGCUAACAAUAUUCCAGUCCAUAUACAUGUGACACGUGUAGUGUAUAGUAUAGAAUUUUGAAGUGUGUUGAUAGGAAGAUCGUAAACAGACUAAGUUGAUAACAAAGAAAGUACGAGGCACCUUUUAAAAUGGGUUCUAUGCUAACCUAUUUUCUCGGCAAUCCAGACGAUGAUGUUGUAGAUCCGAAACUUGGUUUGACCAAUAAAGAAAAGAGGAUUGUAAGAGAAACAUGGGCUGUAUUGCGUGCUAAUUCGGUAAAAGUUGGCGUAGAUAUUAUGAUAAGUUACUUUAAAAGAUUUCCUCAGCAUCAUAGAGCUUUCCCUCCGUUUAAGGAUAUUCCGGCAGAUGAUUUACUAGAUAAUAAGAAGUUUCAUGCUCAUUGUCAGGGCAUUAUGAGUACAUUGAACGAUGCGAUCGAUGCUUUGGAUGAUAUUGACUUAGUGGACGCGAUAUUGCAUACCACUGGCAAGAGACAUGGACGACGUGGUCAGGGCAGACAAGAGUUUAUUGAUUUGAAAGGAGUGGUGAUGGACGCAAUGAGGGGCGCGUUUGGAUCGAAAUUUACCACCGAAGUGGAAGUCGCUUGGGACAAAGCGAUCGAUGUCUUAUUUUCAAAAAUAUUCGAGGGUGAAGAUAUGAUAUAGCAAGUGUAUAACCACUAAACGAUUUUUUUAAUCAGCAUCCGUAUCGCUAUCGCUAUCUGGAUGUAUAUAAUCAGUAGCUACAUUGCUUCUUUCAGUAGUGUAUUUCUUCUUUCUUCUUUCCCUUUGUACUUUAUAUUCUUCGUCUUCACUUUCCUGCUGCUUUAAUUUUCUGUAAAUUAAGCACGGGUAUAUAAAGGGUGUAUAAAAAAGAGCCGGGGAAAAGCUUUAAGAGCAUAUAAUACUCGUGAAAACAAGGAAAAACGUCUUAAUAAACUUGGGUUGAAAAACCAUUCAUUUCAUAGUUAUCGCUUAGUGUAUAAAAGUAUAGUAUAUAAGUAAAAGAUUAGAAAAAUGGCAGGAUUGUCGUGUACACAAUUGUAUGAAAAAAUGUGCCUAAGUGUGUGUUGAUUGAACGUAAUGUCGAAAGUAAUGUCUUAUUGAGAAAAAUAUCUCGUAGCAUUGAAAUUAAUAGUUAUUACCCAUAUUUAUUAAGACUUUUUUUUGCUUGUUUUCAUAAGUAUUACACUAUGUCAAAGUAUUUUCCCCAUUUUUUUGUACAUCCUGCAUAUAUAUAUAUAUUUGUGUAAAACGAAACACGAAACAAAUAGACAAUUUUUGUUAUUGGUAUCUAUAACACGGCAAAAAUAUGCGGAAAAUGAUAAUCGUACUUGUACUUGGUUUUACGAAAGUGCUGUCUGAUCUUUUGCAAUACUGUGUAACAUAUCAGUGUUAGUAGGGUUCCUAGUAGUCCUAAUAAGGUUGCCAUGAGAAUAACAUCAAUUUGCAGCCAAGGAUCUUCUUCUUCAUGGCGUUUGAAUGAUUCAAGCGUUACUGGAUAACUGUGAAAUUUGAAACGAUAAAUGCAAAUGUACCGACAAUUAAGGCUGUUCAUGGCUAUGAUGCUUUUAUUUUCAAAGAAACAUUACAUUUUAUUAAAUAGAUAUAGAGGUGAUGGCAAUUCAUAUUUUUGGAGGAUGAUACACUAAAAGUUCAAGAUUGUAAAAGAAUGUAUAAUUGAUACUCUCAAGUUGAUUGUAAAAUACGAAAAUAAUUUCGGAAUAGUAUCUACUUGAAAUAAAGUAUAAAACUACA